GCGCUUGUAUGUUGCUACAACACACUGUUAAUACGUACUACAUGUACAUGUACAUGUAGUACUACAAUGAGUUUUGCUGUUCACUGCUGCAUCGGACGUGAUUCAGUGCAUUCAAUGUUGGCACGUUCAGCGUUUCACCUAAAAAACAAUUCUGCCUCUGAGUAAACUAAACUUUGCCAGAGACGUAAUCCAGCGCUAAACUGUGAGACGAAGUUAGCGAGUACUGUUGGUGAGGAGUGAUAGUUCUAGAGUGUCCUUGCCAGAAACCUAGCAUUGUGGCUAGUCAAACUGCGAAAACGUGAGGACCUUGGAGAGAAGAUCGAGAUGGCUUUGCCUAUGGAGGCCAACCGAAAGAGUGUAUUCACGCAGUCCGUUGAGGUCAUCAAGGAAGGAUAUUUGCUGGUGAAGUCGCGCAGCCGCUUGAGGUCAACGUGGCGUAAGACGUGGUGUCAAGUUCGAAGGAACGGUUCUUCAGGGCGGGGUCCAGCAGUGCAACUUUCCCAGUACAAGUCACAGGUCGAUGCAGCACAAGAUCUUGGCUGCUUUGCACGUAUCGAUUUAGGAAGCGCCACGUGUAUCCGGCCAACGCCCGAGGAGAAGAAGAAGCAUUCAUUUCUGGUGGAAUGUACGUCAGCUGCUCGCAUUGGGGAUCGGCACAUGGCUUUGCAGUCUACAACAUUCUAUUUCGGUGCCUCUUGUGAAGAUGCGGCUGAAGAGUGGGUUCAAGUUCUCAGACAAAGCGCACCAUCCUCACACUUAUCUGGCAGUACUUCCUUAAGGAAGAACCUCACUGGAUCUUUGCCGGAUCUGUCAAAGCAAGGUGAUCCAAAACAGCGUGAUUCCCUGCACAGUUUGGAUUUCAACAAAAUGUAUCAGCCCUCAGCGUCUACCUACUCUGUUCAUCUGGAGCCUUCUCCCCUUGUUCCGUUCUCGGGAGAAUCAACACUGACCAUCACAGCGUCAUCUCUAACACUAUCCGACCCGAAGAGCAGCCAGCAGGUUGAAUGGCCGGUCAAUUCCAUCAGGAAGUUUGGACUCCGGGACCACUUCUUCUACUUUGAAUCAGGAAGAUCUUGUUCCACUGGACCAGCUACUUUCUCCUUCAACACCGAUACCAAUGUAGCAGAAGAAAUUGCCAAGAAGCUCCGGUUUGUGUCAAAAAAGCUAGCGGAUGGCAAGUACACAGACACUGAAGUGAGGCCCAGCAUUCCGUCGGUCAACACUAGGCCACAGUGUUUUGCUGGCAACACAGAAGCAGUGCAGAUCCGCAGCUCAUGUAUCCGGAGUGAACCCUCAGUCAAGCCACUGCUGGUGCGCUCUACCUCUGAUAAUGUUCUGCUGUCCGAGAAUGUUCUCCUGCAGAAGUUCAACAUUGAUGAAGAUAAUGCUGGCCCGUACUCAAUAACACGCAUCAGGGACUCAUGGAUCGCGCUGAGUAAAGCUCUCAACAAGUCUAAUGAUGAAGAGACUAAUAUGUCCGAGGAAGAAGAUGACGUCGGAGAAUUAAGCAGCUUUCCCAAUGGCCACAUGUCCCCUGCCACAACUGUCAAGAUACGCUCACAUUCAGCUCCUGUUCAGCCAAUUGUUCCGCCACUCAAGACAAAGGCACUGCCUAGUACUGAUUGUCACAAGUACGAAACAAUGCGGCCCGGGGCCGCAGGACGGCAAGUAGAGAAGGAUCCGUGCUCGAAGGAUCAAGUCGAGACAAGAGAUAUUCGCUAUAGUGAAGUGAAGCCCAAGUGCCGUCCACUACACGGAAGUUCACCGCCAACACCACCCAAACCGGCCCGCGUCAAAGAUUUCUCACCACUUCAACUUGAAUCAGAUGCAAACACACUCAACUUAGAGGCAUCAGCACAAGCAGCUCUGAAGCGCCGGUAUAGUCCUAUAUUUGUGGCCAGCAGAGAUCCUUCCUCACGCUUACGUAUGUCACCAUCACCAAGAGGUUCUCCGUCCUUCCCAGGCACUCCUUAUGCAUCCUCUCCACUUCUAUCACCUGCUCAACUAUCAUCACCACCACGUUCCCCACCACAGACACAGUCUCCAUCGCCACUGAGAUCUCCUAUGCACUCUCUCUCAUCUACAUCCCCUGAUUCUGCAGGCUAUUCUCCAUUGAAUGAGUCUCCACUGGCAUCAUCCGUGUCCAGCCAUCCGAGUGCGGCUUGCAGCAUCGAUUCCAGACCGCCACUUGACCUACCUACCAAUUCAUCUCAGCUAGGCAUCUACAGCCGUGCAAAUAUUCAAGACGAAAUUCGAGUAAGAUCCGCAUCAGAACCGGCCAUGCACCAUGGCUAUGACAGAUUGGAUCACGACUCAAAACGUGUCAUCGAUGGUUAUGCACGCCUUGCUCAUCCACCACCAGACUUACCACCAAAGCCAUUUACCAACGACCGGAUAGAACAGUACAACAAACUCAAUGAUCCAAUCAUCACUGCUGCCGCCGCCGCUAGCAAGCCAGGACUGCCUCGACGAAAGGUGGCCAAGAGAGCUGUUGAGACUGGGUACCACCGAACACGAACUCAAAGUGAUUCUCUAAGACAUACUGGCAGCAGGCCAAUGGCAGUCAAGCCACCCACGCCCAUCCACAAAGCACAAGUAGCCUCUUGAUACCUUUAUCAGGUUCUUGUUCCUAAAAAAUUAUCCAGUUGGAUUUCUGCUUGAUAACUUCAUGACUGACGACAAGGACCUAAAACCACCGUAGCACCUUUUCUGUAUCUGUAUUAAAUUUUGUGCUAUCCGAGCUGUGAUGCAGCCAUGUGAAAAUAUUGCUUUCAUUGACUGCUUUGAUUGCUUGACCUCAGUCAUAAUCAUUUCUCUUUGGAAAGGCUACGAUGCCCACUGAGUCAGGGGCGGAUCCAGAGAUCUCUACAGGGGGGUUCCGGUUGAACCAAAAUUGAACAGCCAAAAUAUUAUGGAAUCAGAUUGUAUUGAAGUUAGUUGUGCGGUUGUACAGGACAAUCCGAUUGUGCUAAGUAAUAGUUGGAAUCGCAUGCUUUUAAAACAAACUACGGACACAUAUUCUUCCAUCAUCGACCACACCACAACAGCGCUCUCCACGUUGCCACAGCACACCACCACUGCACCAUCGCUGGAGAGCUCAGUUGUGGUGUGGUGGACGAUGGAAAACCUGUACAGGGCCAAAUGCUGCUGCUUACCCUACAUUGUAUAUUUACUUGUAUGGACACAUAGUCAUGUUUGCAAUCGACUGGCACACAGGUUCAGUGAGGGCUUGAAGACCCUUUCAACUUUUCUUGUAAAGAUCGAAUAUGCAAGCCAUGGGUUCGUUGAGAGCCAGAAAUGCCGAAAUGACAACUUUCCCUGUCCGUUUGUACUUUCGGAAAUUUUUAGCAUUUUUACGAUGCGAAAUGCUCUAUAAUCACAGGAGCAUUGUCUUCACUUGACAGAAACAACAACAGCGAAACAGUGUCGUCUCGACAAUCCGUUCAAGGCCAUCUAAAACACAUCGCUGGCGCAGCACUCCGUUCCUGCGGAGUAACAACUAGUCACUACUGCAUGCUGCAGCAGGUAGAGAUUACUGACUUUGCUUUGAUGUCGGAGCCCUCAUCUUCUGAAGAGCUUGAACUCUACGUGUACGAUUCGAAGUUCGUUGAAGAGUGUCAUCAAUCGGAACAUCCUUUCUCUUCCGGAAAAAAACUUGUCCAAGGAAUACUGACCAUACCCAUCCAGAGCAGCAGUGAAUGACAGCGCCAAUGGAGGUAAAAUUUGGAUCGUUUCCAAAGAUCAAAAAGGAAACAACCACCCAAUGUUGUCUACACUACAGUGCAGUGUCCGUUUGUAAAUCACGGACAUGAACGCCAGUAGACAGACUACGUACAGUAUCGAUCUACCGCAUGCAGUGCACUGUACUCCUUGACUCAGUGACUGCACUGUGAUCGGACGGACGUCCUUUUGUGCACACAUGAUAUUUUUCGAUAUUUCUCAGCAGUACACUUUGCAAAAUUUAGGGGGUUCCAUGGAACCCCCGGAACCCCCCCUGGAUCCGCCACUGUGAGUUGAUCUUAUAAUAGCCCAUCAUUGGCUUAAACCUGUUUGCUAUACUGUGUGUGAUCAUUUCUUACACUGUAGUUAGAAUUUGCAACCACAUACAAGUUCCUAAUGUGAAUCAGUUGUUACCAGAUGCCUCUUGAUUAUGUUUCAUUUCCUAGGAUCCUGCAUUUCACCUAUGAUGAUCAUAUUUUUUCCAGUUCCGCGUCCAGCUCUCUAGCCGCUAGCUCUGUAGAUAUGGUCUUUUGUAAAUCCUGAGCUGCUUGAGUACGUGGAACAUUUACAGUUAUAAUAACCAGUUGAUUGUGACUCAUGCUGAGUUGCAUGUCUUUUUUCCAUAACCAACUUACUUCCAGCAAUUUUUGCAAUUGUUUGGCUUCACAACAGUUUGCCAAACAGAUCAUGCCAGAGGCGAGAUGUUCAUCAUGAACAUUUUUUGACUUGA